GUGGACUGUCUCUAGGUAGUUGCAAUUAGGCCCGCGAUCAAAUAAUUUUGAAAAUGGACGGUGAAGAUUCUUACACGGAAAUUUGGCCUAGCGAUGCGCAGGAACCGAACUAUGCUGCUCAUUUAAUAAGUAUGUCAGCUGUUAUAUUUUUGAUUGUCAGUAAAGUUAUUGUUUAUUUCACGCCGAAAUCCGUGCCUUCGCAAUCUCUGUGGAGAUGGAAAAACAUAACGGUGUCCUUGUGUCACGCUCUGUUAAUCAGCGGAUGGGCUGUGUUUUGUUUUUAUCAGUCUCCUAAGUUGGCGGAGGAUUUGAUUAGCACAUACACUGUUAGUUCCCACAGUUUGGUUUCGGUGUCAUUUGGAUAUUUUGUAUACGAUGUUGUUGAUAUGUUAUUGUACCAGAGGACCAGACAAUCAUUUGAACUACUUGGACACCAUACUGUGAUAUUUUGUGCGUUUUCUAUAGCUGUGUUUACCCGUCUGUAUGUUGGGUAUGCUGUUGUUAGUUUAUUGGUUGAAUUAAACAGCAUCUUCCUCCACAUUCGUCAAUUAUUACAAAUCCUUGGGUACUCCAAGAAUAAUUGUCUUUAUAGAUUAAACAGUCUUAUUAAUUUAGGAACGUUUGUUGUAUUUAGAAUAUCUGUUUUAUCCUGGAUGACUCGAUGGAUUGUGAUUAAUAGACAUCUCAUACCUUUGGCGUUCUAUUCCGUCGGUAGUAUCGGACUCGCUAUAAUAACCGUUAUGAAUAUCGUCUUGCUCUAUAGACUCUUCCGUAGCGAUUUUAUUUCAAAAAAAGAAAACAUCAGCAGAAGAGACUAAAGGGUGGUGUUGAAGUGACAGAAUAAAUGUUUUUUAUUGUGCUUUAUACAUGUAUGUAUGUCUGUGAUUUUAUCGAGUAAAUGAAAUGGGAAGAUAACUCUAAUGAUUUUAGACUUUCCAGCGACUUUAAUUUCUGUUCCAGUUUGCUUGAACCGCUUUCAUAACUUUUAGCAGAUAAUUCUAAAUCGUCCAUAUGAUUAUCAAAUCAGUACAUAAAUGUGUUCAUUUUAUUCAUUAGUGCUUCGAUAAAAGUGUUCAGUCUAUAUUUCAUGACAGAAAACUUCCAAACAACUUGCUUCAGCUACAUAAACCACAGUAACAAUUUUCAAUAGACGUUUUUUUUUUGAUACUUUAAUUGAUGAGAGAGUGCAAACUUUAAACUUUUUAAAGAGUCUUUCUAUUGGCUAUUUUGAGCUUUGCAUUUCGAAAGAAAUGUUUUCUUCGGGCGUAUCAUCUUGCUGUUUUGAUCAAAAGAGAUCUAUUGACAUUUUAUAUCCUUUUUAAAAGAAAAUAUCAAGUUACACAGAUAACAGAAGAAGGUGCAGUUAAAGAUCUUCAGUGAGAAGGAUCGUCUUAAAAAUGGUGUCAUUUAAUUUGCAUAGAAAUUGUGUGGAGUGUUCAGGUAUAUGUAUUAUUCGUUGAGAGUUAUAAUUGAAAUAUCUUUAUAUGUCAGUAUAAUGUUUCAUUGUAAUGCAAAUCCAUUUCUUUCUCAAUUUCUCUUAACUAGCCUUAUAAAAAAUAUCAAUUAUUUUAUAUUUGUAUUCUGAAAUAAAUAUUGGCCUUUGACCUACCAUACUCCAUUUAUUAGGGCAUUCAUUCCCGUCACGUUUUAUAAAAAGAAAUUUUAUUUUUCUAUCUGAAUUUAUAUCCAGUACAUUUCCUCUUUUAUACAAAACAACCCAUAUAAUGACAUUUUUUUUAACACCAGUAUUGUGACCUAUACAAGGGCAUUGGCUAUGUUUAAAAAAAAAAAAUUCAAUUUGUUUGAAAUAUUGCAAGUAAAUCUUCCUCUUGCCUAUAAUUCAGUUUAAUGUAGAGGCUACAUGUAUAUUCUGAUAAAUGCCUUCCUUAUACAAUUUGUAAUUUCCAAUAUUGAGUGCUAUCUACAUCCUUCUCUAUGAGGUCAAACCAAUCUAAUUUAAAGUUCUCAGGGUUUUGAUAAGAAUAUCUUGUUUAAAAUUUGAAACUGAAAGUUUUUGAAAAGAGCAAACAAAUGAUGUUUGUUCUUAAAUGGAAAUAGGAAGCAAAUACUUUUUCUAGUUGUACCUAAGGAAUGAAAGUUUAAAUUGGUGAUGUCCAUAAAACAUUAUCUACAUUGUGUACAAUGUGAUAUUUGUAUUCAUUGAUGACGCUGUCAUGUUGUCUGUGUGAAACCGCCCCAGAAAAGGCUUACAUUUUUAUACCUUUACUGUCUUGCUGUGUCCAGUGUAAACUCAGCAGAAAUAGUUUAUCAAUUAAUCAAAAUUAUACCGAGAAGAAUUUUUUUUUUUUUUUUUUUUUUUUUUUAAAAAGGUCUUUUAUUCUGUGUAGUGUAUAUGUAUAUAACGUUUAAAAUGGCAUGAUAUUACCGUCUACAACCAAUACUCCCAAAUUCGCAUUUUCAUAUGACGUUUUUAAUUUCUAACUUUUUUUUAAUUAAAAAUAUUUUGCUACAUUUUCAAUUAGUUUAUGGCAAUAGGACAUGAAGGUUGAUGUCAUAUGUUAGCCUGUAAUAAAAUAAUAAUGGUAGCCUAAAAUGAAAGUUCUUUAACAACUGUGACAUGCUCAAUUAAAUGAUAUGAUUUUGAUAGAAUGGUCUGUAUGAAAAUUUUGAUAGAAAUGUAUAAUGGUGUAUGUUGUGGUGUGUUUGAUAGAAAUGAAGAAUGGUGUAUGUUGUGUGUAUGAUAAUUUUGAUAAAAAUAAAAUGCUGUGUGUAUGAUAGUUUUGAUAGAAAUGUAGAAUGCUGUGCGUAUGAUAGUUUUGAUAGAAAUGUAGAAUGCUGUGUGUAUGAUAGUUUUGAGGGAAAGGUUGAGUAAUGUUUAUGAAAGUUGUGUUGUAAAUUACGAUGUACGUAUAUAUUUUUUAUUAUGUUAAAUGAUGAUAAUCAACAAACCAUACUACUGUGAUUCUUAUUUUUUUUUUUUUAAUUCUUGAUAUUCUGUUGUUUAUUAUUUCUCUGUUAUUGUUGAUCAGGAGGCAUUAUUCACAAACAUUUUAAACUGAAACAUUUUGGACCACUUACUACUCUCCAAAUGCUACUCAACUUGUUGUUAUUGGGGACAAAUCUCUUCAAAGAAAAGCCUAAGGCUCCCAGCCAAUUGAAUAACAAUUGACAAGGAACAGCUUGUUUCAUGGACAUUUGUGCAUCGAUAUUUUAUGAGGCCACAGUUCCAUGAUAGUGCCAGUGAUGUCAGACUUAGUUCCUGGUCCAUAUAUUUCAGAUAGCACCAUGGCAUACACAGAAAACAGUCUGACCUAAAGAGCUAAAAUAUUUCAGGAUUUUUUACCAUUCAGCCAAUCAAAUGGAAUCAAAAGUAGCCUUAAAAUAUUUCAUUUUUUAAGUUUUUGUGAAUCUGCCACACCAUUUCACGUUAUAUUAAUGUCCUGUAAAUUUGUAUGAUAUUUAUGUCUUCAUUGUUUUGUUUAAAGGUAGAAUUUAGCCCAGGUCAUGACAAAUAUCUAUUGAUGUAUAGGUGUUCUAUAUUUAUGUACAUGAACGUAAACGAUUUAAUAUAGAUAUCCCACACUAAAAGACAUUUAGUAUGGUUGAAUGGUCGAGAGCGAGACAUUAAGUAAUAUAUUCAUACUGCAUGAGCCAAGUGUUGUUUCAAUAUAUUACGCAAUGUCUUUAGCUCAAGACCAAUAAAUAACUUAAAAUACAGGCACUAUCCCGCAAAUGCUUUUCAUUGAAAUAUGUCACGGGAGUCCAAUAUUUCAUCUAGUACAGAUAAUGUACGAUUGGCAAGUUGCCCGUACAUUAUUGGAAAUAAUGGUACGCCAACAUUGAAGGAUGACGUCACAUCUGUAUUUUAAAUAGGGCAAAUUAUUAUUGGCCGGUAGGUUUAUUGUGUCUUUGAAUAGAUUCAAAUAAAUUUUGAAGAACAUUAAAAAAGUUAAAGCUAGUUUCAUUUUCAUUUCAAUUUAAAUUAUAUUUGGCUUCAUGAUUACUUAAAAAAGAUAUUCAAAAACAGCCUGCUAUAUCAAAGAUUGGUUUCCCAGUUUCUGUUGCAUGAAAUUUGAAAUGAUGGUCUUUUGAUGUUUUAUCGAUUUUGUCUUCCUGAUGUCUCUUAGACCUUUUCACUAUUAAAAGCAUUAAAAUUCUAUUUCUUGCCUAACAUUUAUAUUCAAAUUGAAAUUAUUUUAAUGACAUUUGUCAUAAUUUGAAUUAUAUCAAAUUAACAUUAUACCAUUUAAGUAAGAAAUGAAAACAUUAUCUGAUAAAUGCGAAUCCAAAUGGUUCUAUUUAAUGACGUGAUAUUCCAGAAUUCGAUUAAAUGUGCAUGACUGGUACACAUGUGCAGUGAUAUUACAGAACUUAGAGUUACUCGUAUACAUGUAUAUUUCUUUCCUAACCUCAAUUACAUUUAUAGUAAUGGUAUAUAUUUAUAUUUAAAAGUAUAUUUAUAUUUAAAGGUAUAUACAUGUAUUACAGUUUUAUAGCCAGCAGCAUUUAUUACAAAAUUCAACGUAAUUAGCCAUUUUGUUGCCUAGCAAUCUGGGCUACCUCUAUUUUAUUUAUACAAUUGUCUACUUUAAUGGAUUAAAAGUAUAUGAUAUUAUUAGUAGUAAGGGUGUCUGUACAGGGAUGAUUCACAUAUUGAUCCUGUGACCUAGUUAGUCAUGAUGGAGGGAGGACCCCUAUGACCUAAUUCAAGAGAAAGAGAGGCACUGGGCGAGGAGAAGUAAGAAAGACAAGGGAGGAAUGGGACUAAGGGAGGCUAAAACUCUCUUUGCAUUGAAUUCUUCAGGGCUGUUGUCCUAUCAUCCUAGAAUGAGAGGGUUUGUGUCUUCCUAGUAGGAACACUUUUGAUUCUCAGACCACUGUGGAACAGGUUUCUUCUGGCACUUGACAAGAUGUUUGCUCUGUCUGUGGCAGGUGUUCCCAAUGUCCAUCUUGUUUGAUCAUCACCAUCUUAAACCCUGCAACCACCUUCCAGUACUUUCUCAGGGUUUACACGAUGUCUUCCCUCCAUCGUUGUUCGUCUCCCCACUUCUCGAAUCGAUCACUUGGAUCGUCCAUCAUACUUCCAAGCACGCUAUCGAUGUCUUGUAGUUUUGGCUAGGCCACGCAGAGGCAGUGACAAUAAAGGGUAGGCACUCCUCGCGCUGCCUUUCUUUUAACACGAAAGUUAGGCCUUUGCAGUCUUAGCUUUUCGACUAUAUCCACAUCCUCUGCUGGUUCACAUCUUCCUGAGACACGAAAGUCAUUAUCCAUAGGGGGUAAAUAUUGCUUUGUUCUCCAUCUUUAUUAAAUUGAAUGAAACGCUUGUAAUACACGAUUUUAUACUUUUUGUUCUCAGAGCGUGUCCAGAGACGUCAGUUAAGUGAUCUUGCAAUCUUGAAAGUAUUGGAAAUGAGAAGAGGUUCGAUGUGAUUGACGUUUCGUACGUUCUCCUUCAUUGUGACGUGAUUCAACUGUUGGGAGGUGCGAAAAUUUAGGGUGAUUCCCCAAAAUAUGCACACCCUUUUUUUUUCAUCAUUCUGCGGGUAUGAUGUUCUCACCAUCAGUAGCAAGAAAAGUCAUAUCAGGAUGACAGGGAAACAGCCCUUUUCAGUGCAAUGCAAACAGAGUUUUUCCCCCUUGUCCCCUUUCUGCUUUAUUCUUUCACCUUCUUUGCGCAUGUUCCUCUCAUUCUCUCCUCUCUUUCUCUCAACCCAAUGUCACAUCUAACUGGGUCACAGGGUCAUCAAGUGAAUUACCCCUGUACAGAUGCCCUUACUACAUGUACUUUAUUGUGUUUUAAGCUGGGUUACAAUUUGUCACUGUUGAUUAAUUUGAUUAUAAAACAGCUACUGUUGAUCAUAAAACAGCCGAGGUUGAUUAUAAAAAAACAACUGUUGAUUAAUCUGAUAAUGACACAGCCAAUGUUGAUUACAAAAAAGUUACUAUUGAUUAAUUUGAUUAUAAAACCACCGCUGUUGAUGUUUUUUUGGUUAUAAAACAGCCACUGUUGAUUAACUUGAUUAUAAAACAGCAACAGUGAUUAUAAAACAGCAGCAGUGAUUAUAAUGCAGCCCCUGUUGAUCAUAAAACAGUCAAUGUUGUUUAUAAAACAGCUGAUGUUGAUUAUAAUGUUGAUUAUGAAACAGCAACUGUUGAUUAAUCUGAUAAUGAAACAGGCAAUGUUGAUUGUAAAACAGCCACUGUUGAUUAAUUUGAUUAUAAAACAGCCACUGUUGACUAAUGUGAUUAUAAAACAGGGUUGUUUUAAACUUUUUAUGAAUAUUCUUAUAUUAGUUAUUUCAUUUUUAAACAUUGACUUUGGAAAGCUCAAUUUCAAUAGACUACUAUGUGUGAUAAAGUUAGAACUGAGAAAUUGGUUCUAAAGGUUAUAGGUGUUUUAUUGGGAAGCUAGAUACUUUAAGAAUAUUUUAAGAUUUUUAGCAGACCAAAUUUUAUGAGUUUUGUACAAGAUAACUGAUAAUGGUUCGUGUUCAUGUAACAAGCAUUACAAUAUAGUUAAUAUACACAAAGUUACAUUCUAUUAAAGCUCCAUGUACCCAGCAUUACAAUAUAGUUAAAAUAUAGUUACACAUAGUUACAUUCUAUUAAAGCUCUAUUUACCCAGCAUUACAAUAUAGUUAAAAUACAGUUACACAGAAUUAAAGGUCUAUGUACCCAGCAUUACCAUAUAGUAAAAAUACAGUUACACAAAGUUACAUACAAUUAAAUGUCCAUGUAAACCCAGCAUUAUAAUGUUAUAACACAGUUACACAAAGUCCAUGUAUCCAGCAUUAUAAUGUAGUUAAGAUACAGUUACUCAGAGUUACAUUCAUGUAUAUACAUGUACCCAGCAUUACCAUAUAUUUGUUGUAAAUAUUUUUUUUUACUUCAGGGAUGUUAUUACUUGACAUUCAGCAAUGUGCUUUUCUUUUGUGACCAAACUACUACAGUUCAGGUUCCAUUAAACUUUAUUCUUUAGUCACAGAUCACCGCUCUCAAGAAUAGCACCUGGCUUUGAAAGAUUAAGAAAAAUGUAAUUUGUAUUAAAAAUGUUUUUAAAAUAUUUCCCCCCAAAAAAAUUGAAACUUAAUUAUUUUAAAACGUUUAAAAAAAAACGAAACAAAUAAAU